CUUGUAUGGAUUAAUCGCAGCUAACAGAGAACGGACCCAGUGCGACCCACGCGUUCCCCGCGGUCGCUCGCUCAACAUUUGCCGCCCUCGGAAUAUUGCCCCGCGUAGCGCUCACGUAGCUCACUCGAGCUACGGUAUCGUAACCCGUAACAUCGUGUUAGUCUUUAGCGAAGCUACUUAAAAGCAUGUCAUUAAUAAAUCCCCUAUUGUGUUUGAAUGACGAGACUUAUCUUACGUUGGGACACCAUGAGAGGCACCAGUGAAAACUUAUUCGUGUAAUUUCGCGUGCUAUUACAGUGCUAGAUUAAUUGUUUGUUUAACGAUGCCUUCACAUCAAGCUUGUCGAAAUUAAAGCGAUCAUGAUUCAUGUUGACAGUUUCAAGCGUUCCUCUCCGUCACCAUCACGGUGUUCAGUUCGGAGUGACAGCCGGGUAUUCCGUCAACCACGCGUCAUUCAGGUGAACCGCGAUGCAGCUACCAUGAUGGAUGAUGAGACCAGCGCUGUCGGAGGCUCCAGCAGCGGAAUAGAGCCCAGCUGUCCAUCUGAAUAUGAGUCACAUAUAAGCCAACAUGCAGCACAUUUCCGAUCGCGGACGUUCAGUGACGGAUUCAUAAGAAACACCAGUCUAGAAUUAUUGCUCGGAGUAGAUUGUGAAGCUUGUUUGGCUCUCGCUGCGCAGCAACAUUGUAUCAAUCAACCCAUACCCGACAAAGAUUUUGAUUUGGUAUGCAAUUGUAAUGUCCGGCAGAACAAUUACAUAAAUUGUUAUCGCGACUCUUUCAAGCAGCGUGGACAUACCCUUAAUAUUUAUGACAUAGAAAGGAUCAAACGAGAUACGGGGCGUAGUAGCCUAGCCAUUGGAUCACAUCGUAGCCUAGACCGAAAACAUUAUAAAAGCAAAACUGUUGGAGUGUCGAGAUAUAUUUCGAAGCAGUUCAUAUCAUACGAUCCAAACAAUACACUCGUGCAAAAAAUUAAACGAAAAUUGUCUAAUUUAAAAAAAGUGAAAGCUGAACCCAUUACUAAAAAACCUCAAAAUGGACUUCAGCUUGCUGAUAUUGCAUCCAGUUCAACGAACUCACUAAAAAGGCUAUCAAUGCUGUCACUUGUAGAUAAAUCAAACAGAAAAAUGGAUAGUCAAAGUGGUAUUUUUUCUUCUUCGGGUCUUCAAUCAAAAAAUGAUCUCAAAAAUAUAACGACGUAUGAAAACUUUUCUUCUAACAUAGAUCAAUGUUUUGACCGACUUCGAAAUUGUAACGAAGAUAUGACAUCGCAAAAAAAAUUACACUCGAGGAACUUUGAAAAUAACGAUGAACACGCCGUACGAAGUUCGCCUCUGAUUAAAUUUUCAACUCUCGAUAAUCGAAGUCGUUGUAGAAGUAUUAGAAGACAGCUGUCGUGUAACGAGUUUCCCAACGACAGAUUUAGAGAUCGCGUAUCAGAGUCAUGGACGCAAGACGAAAAUGCUUUUCUUUCCAGAAAUUUGCACAACGAUGUUGUGGAUGAUACACAAUCAUUUGUUGAACCUGACAAAGUUAUAAGGAGCUCUGCUCGCGGUGCUCAUGUGCUCUGUACUUGUAAUACCCCACGUGACAGCAGGAUUCCCUCAAUAUUUUAUGAUGCACACGGCAAAAAGCGAACUACUCCAGCUCCAGAUGUGACAGAGCGGUCGCAAGGGCGAACGCCUGCUUGCAACGCCUGCAAACCUGCCCAGUGGCUUCCACCUGGCACAACUUCGACAACCAGCCACAGUUCCACCAUCACUGCUAAUUCUUCGCGCUUAUCAGCAUGGCACCGCCGUUGGUGUUGUGUUGCGAUCUUGGUGCUGGUAGCCGGCACUGCCUGUGUUGCUGGCCCUCUGGCUCUCCGGGCCCCACCGGGUGCACCGCUACACGAGCGCUUGCGUCUCGCAGAAAGACUCCUACACGACACUCCGCUGGUCGAUGGUCACAACGAUUUACCUUGGAACAUAAGGAAAUUUUUGCACAACAAAAUCAAAGAUUUCAGAUUCGAUGAAGAUCUCCGUACCAUAUCGCCAUGGGCCACGAGCUCUUGGAGUCAUACAGACUUACCACGUCUAAAGCAAGGACGCGUUGCAGCUCAGUUCUGGGCUGCAUACGUGCCCUGCGACGCGCAACACAGGGACGCAGUGCAAUUGACCUUCGAGCAAAUAGACCUCAUCCAGAGGCUCACAGACAAGUACCAUCCACAACUAACAUUCUGUUCUUCUGCUGAUGAUAUUUUGUCGGCACACGCAAACCACAGGCUUUGUUCGCUGGUGGGCGUAGAAGGCGGUCAUGCCAUCGGAGGUUCUCUAGGAGUCCUCAGGACACUAUACCAAGUUGGCGUUCGAUAUCUGACACUAACUUCCACUUGUGACACUCCGUGGGCUGAAUGCGCAUCAACCGAUCGCCCAGAAUCCACUCCAAGAGGAGGGUUGACACCGUUCGGUAAAGUGGUUAUAAAAGAGAUGAACAGGCUUGGCAUGUUGGUGGACUUAUCACACGUGUCCGAACGCACAAUGCGUGACGCCCUAUCAGUUUCGCGUGCGCCGGUUCUCUUUUCGCAUUCAUCAGCUCGCGCCAUAUGUAAUGUGACUCGCAACGUCCCAGACAGCAUUUUGCGACAACUUGCAGCCAACAAGGGGCUUAUAAUGGUCAAUUUUUACACAUCAUUCCUAUCGUGUAGAGAAACCGCCACAGUUCAAGAUGCUAUAGAACACAUAAAUCAUAUCCGGGACAUCGCGGGUGUAGAUAGUGUCGGAUUGGGUGCCGGCUACGAUGGAAUCAAUUACACUCCGCAAGGCUUGGAAGAUGUGUCAUCCUAUCCGCUGCUCUUUGCCGAAUUAAUGGAGGAUGGAUGGAGUAUAGAGGAUCUAAAAAAAUUGGCUGGUCUUAAUCUUCUACGUGUGUUAAACGCUGCCGAGAGAGUCUCCAAGGAAUUGGCCUCUGCCCAUGUGACACCGUAUGAAGAAGUCGCUCCACGUAUAAUCGACGGUCACAAUUGUUCCAGCCAAGAUAUCUAGGCCAUUGAGGCGAGAUUUA